CUCUAAUCCAAUUCGGAUUGGAUUAAAAAAACCCACUGCACUCGAAAGCGCUGUGUAGUCCAGCAUACAACGAACAUACUUAAGUCACAACCAUCUUGACGUCAACUACCCACGCCGCUGUAUCUCGUCAGAAAUAAAUACUGGCGUAAACAAGAACAAAAUAGGAAAAAGCUAAAACGAUCCGAAUGUUAAAGUGUUUAACUCCCUUAUCAUUUUCUUAAUUUCCUCAUUAACUUGAUUUUGGGAAAAAAAUCGAAUCAAAUAUGUGACUUGUGUUGUCCGAUGAGUCAAUGUUUACCUAAAAAUGUAUUGUUUCGACAUCUAGAUCCUCCUUUAAUAAUUAGAACAAAUGACUGAAUCUACAGUGAAUCUAGAUUUGUUUACUGCUGCUAAACAACUAGCAGACAGCGAAAUUGAGCUGUUAAAAGUGAUUGAGAACUCCAGCAAGUGCCAAAGAACUGCUACAAACAUGUUAACUGCGAAUACUAAGAAAAUGAAGAAACCUGGAAAAUCGAAAAAUGCUCAUCCAUCGGCUGCGCUAUUAGCCGCUAAGCAAGAGGCAGUCAGGCGACAGUUAUCAGACAAGAAAUCCAACAAUAAUUUUAUACCAGACAUAUAUCAACGAGUGAUUGAUACGUACAAAACGAUGCGGAAAGAGACUGGUCUCGUUUUCGAUCGGAGCAUGGCCGAGCAUGAGUGCAUCUGGGAUCCAAAUUAUCCUGAGUGCCCAGCCAGAUUUACGCGAGUUUUGCAAAGAUGUGAGGAGCUGGGUCUCGUGCAGCGAUGUAGACUCAUUGAACCAAGACUCGCCGCGGAGAGCGAGCUUUUGAGCAAGCACAGUCAGAAACAGAUUGAUAUCUUGAAGGCAACGGACGGUUCUACAGAUUUUGAAAAUUUGGAGUUGCUCUCGUCUAAGUACGACUGUGUCUACAUCCACCCGUCUACUUAUAGAUUGUCUUUAUUAGCUGUGGGCUCAACGACCAAUUUAGUAGAAAGCGUCUGUAAAGGCGAGAUACAAAAUGGCAUGGCUAUUAUCAGACCACCUGGUCAUCAUGCAAUGAAAUCGGAAUAUUGCGGUUACUGCUUUUUCAACAAUGUAGCUUUGGCAGCAGAGAAAGCUUUAAGUUCAGGUUUGGCGAAUAGAAUUUUAAUUGUAGAUUGGGAUGUUCAUCAUGGACAAGCAACGCAACAAAUGUUUUACAAUGAUCCGCGUGUAGUUUACUUUUCGAUACAUCGUUACGAGCAUGGCGAAUUCUGGCCUAACUUGAGGGAAUCUGAUUUUCAUUAUGUUGGAGAGGACCUCGGCGAGGGUUACAACUUUAACAUUCCUUUAAAUAAAACCGGCAUGACUAAUGCCGAUUACAUCGCGAUUUUCCAGCAAGUUUUAUUACCAAUGGCUUACGAAUUUCAACCGGAUUUGAUAAUAGUAUCAGCAGGUUACGAUGCGGCUCUGGGUUGUCCAGAGGGUGAAAUGCUGAUAACUCCAGCAUGUUAUUCACAUUUACUGUCAUCGUUAUUAAGUCUGGCAAAUGGAAAAGUCGCCGUGAUUUUAGAGGGUGGUUAUUGCCUGAAAUCAUUAGCAGAAGGUGCGGCAUUGACUUUAAGAACUUUAUUAGGCGAUCCAUGUCCGAUUUUACAAACACUUGAUUUACCAUCGUUAAGUAUACGUGAGACUAUCUUGAAUGUAAUCUACGCGCAUAAACCAUACUGGAAGUGUUAUCAGUACCAAGACACAUACAGCAUCAAUAAUAUAACACAUAACAAAGAGGAAAUUGCCAAUCGACAUGUAGUCAUGGUUACAUACAAGGGUAAUGAAGUUAAACUGGACAAGUAUGACACUCGAAAUUGCUAUCCUGUACAAAGCAAAGAAACGUUAGAGACUGUGGAGAAAAAAUUGAAUGAACUGAUACAAUUAACGAACUUGCGUAAAGCACCCCAUAGAGUAUGUAUCGUCUAUGAUGAAAAAAUGCAAAAACAUUGCAACGUUUCUGACAAUUCUCAUCCAGAAAAACCAAGUCGCAUCUCCAGCAUUUAUAAGAAUCACGAAGAACAUGGCGUAUUACAACGAUGCCAUUUAUUACAAGGAAGGAGUGCAACAAUAGAAGAGUUAGCUUUGGUCCAUUCAAAAGACUACAUCGACGACAUUAAACAGACAUCAACUUUAAAAUUCAAGGAAUUAGACAAGCAAGCUUCGGAUUACAAUUCCGUUUAUCUUCACACCGAAACGUGGUCGAGUGCCUGCAUGUCCACCGGCUCUCUGCUGCAAGUAGUGGACGCAGUUUUAAAUGGAGAGUGCCAAUCCGGAGUUGCUAUCGUGAGGCCGCCUGGACAUCAUGCUGAAAAAGACAAUGCGUGUGGUUUUUGUAUAUUUAACAACGUUGCCGUGGCUGCAAUGUAUGCUGUACAAUUUCAUCUUGUAAAGAGGGUAUUAAUAAUAGAUUGGGAUGUGCAUCAUGGAAAUGGGACGCAGUCUAUUUUCGAGGAAGAUCCAAGAAUUCUUUACGUCUCCGUUCAUCGUUACGACAACGGAAGCUUCUUUCCAAAUUCCAAGAUCGCUAAUUAUACGAACGUUGGCUUAAACGCAGGCGAGGGAUUCAAUGUGAACAUACCGUGGAACAAGAAAGGAAUGGGAGAUGCUGAAUAUAUAGCGGCCUUCCAGCAAGUUGUGAUGCCUAUCGCUUACCAAUUUAAUCCAGAGUUGGUUCUGGUUUCGGCCGGAUUUGAUGCUUGUAUUGGCGAUACACUUGGAGGUUGUCUUGUAAGCCCAGAACUCUACGGUCAUUUAACUCAUUGGCUUUCGUCCUUGGCCAAUGGUCGUAUAAUCUUGAGUCUCGAAGGAGGUUACAACAUCAACUCCAUCUCGCACGCGAUGACCAUGUGCACCAAGACCUUGCUGGGUGAUCCGUUGCCGAUGCUAGAUCCCAGUCUUAUUCCUUGCACCAGCGCGAUCAAUUCCAUCAAUAACGUAUUGAGGACUCAUAAAAAGUUCUGGUCCAACCUGCAGUAUGGAAUGUCCUUACCGAAAGAGAAGGUACUUCCUAAACUCAAGACGGUUCCUAACAAACACGAGGAGCAAGGAAGAAACGCGGAUAAACCAAAACAAAUGGAACCAAAGAUUGCUUUGGAGGGAAUUGAAAGUGAAAAACUCGAGCUGAACUUGGCUAUUGACAAGAACUGCUUGAAUCUAGUGACGGACGAGGAAAUCUCGAAGCUAACGUGCGAAGUGGAAAAUAUUAAGAUAAAAAAUUUCGAAUUGCACACGAUGAAAAGUGAAGCGAUCGAGGCGAAAAGGAAUCCUGAAUUGAAGCAGAACGAGGCGAAAAAUCUGGAUGUUUCACAAAGUAUACAUAAAUGCGUGAACGAGACGAACCAGUCGAGAGACAACCAGCAAGGAGAUUCUAACAUACGCGAGGACCGUGAUGAUCAAGCUGCGUCGUCUUCACAGCGUGGGACACAAGCCACUACUCUCUCAGAGUAUCUCUCUGAAAAUCUUCGGGCUCUGAAUGCGGGCGAAAUGUUCGCUGUCUACCCCCUGCAAGACUGUCCGCAUUUAGUCACGCUCAACGAUGUUCCCCCGGGAGGGAUCAACGUAAAUGUACCAUGUGUUGAAUGUGACAGGACCGAGGAAAACUGGAUCUGCCUGCAAUGUUACACCGUGCACUGCGCCCGCAAUAUUAAUCGGCACGCGAUGGAGCACGCGGAGGAACACGAGCAUCCUCUUACGCUCAGUUUCAGCGAUAUUUCAGUCUGGUGUUACGGUUGCGAAGCUUAUAUUGAUAAUCCUCGAUUAUAUGCAGCGAGAAACGCGGUUUACCAAAGCAAGUUUAAUGAAGAGCUUCCCUGGACUUAUAGCGAGAGCCGCACUGAAUAAGCACGCCUUAAGCAAUUAAAGAAAUAUAUUUAAGAUAAUUCAAUAAAAAAUAUAUAUCUUUCGGGAUUGUGGUUUUUUAAACAUGAUGCGCAACAAGAUAAAAAUUUACAAGAAAAUGGUUAAUAAAUAGUCUAAAAACAAUAAUAAAUAUAAAACAAUAUCGCAAUGUAAUUAAAGUCUAUAAAUAGUUGCUAUUAUUUCUUUUAUAAUUUUGACAAUUAAAUCGAAAAUUUAAGAAGAUAAUUAAUUUUAAUAAUUUUCAAUUAACUGCAAUGUUCAAUUUUUAAAGAUAUGUGUACUGUAUGAAAACAAAUAGCGAUUUCUCAUAAAUUAAAAGAUAUCCUUAAAAGAAAAACAAAGAUAUGAGCCAAUGAAAAUAACACGACUGCUGAAAAUAAUCAAACUAAAAAUGUUACUAAUGUACUGAAAUAAUUUAUUAUUAAUGAUUUAAUAGAAAUUAUUAGAUGUACUGAAUUAAAAAUACCUCGUAUUGAGUUAAUUGUAAAAUUAUACAUGGUGUUCCGAAAAAGUUUAACGCUCAAUAAGAAAAAAGUUCCGAGAUGUCUAUUUCUUUCACAAUUAAUUUAUAGUAUAUGCAAUAUUCCUUUACUGAAAUUUUUCGGUACACUGUGUAUAUUAUAUUUUUCUAUAUACAUAUAAAAAAUAUAUAUAUAUAUAUUUUAUUCCGAUGAAAGAAUAAUCUCUACUAAUAGGUUCACUAAAUCACUCACAUGACAUAAUAGAACAAUAAUAAGGUUAAGUAUUAUACACAUCAUUAUAUCAGAAAAAAUUUAAUUUUUGUAAAUAUAUAAUUUUAACUUUCCAAUGUCAAAAUACUCAAUUUUACAUGUUAAUUUUCAAACGAAAGUAAGGGAGAGAAGGGAAGGCAAUGGGAGAAAAUAUCUUGUUAUUUUUUUUUGUUUUAUUUAUAUGCCUUCAAUCUUAUCAUUCACAAUGGCAAUACCUAAUUAGUUUUUAUAUAAGAGAAUCACAGAUUUCAGAGAUGCUUAAAUAUAUAUCUUGUUAAAUAAUUCUCAAAUUGAACAAAAAAGAAAUAAAAAUUAUUUUCAAUUAAUUAACAGUUUAUCUUCAUAUUACUAUUUAAUAUUCUAUUAGUCCUUAUAAGAUGUCUUAUAAUCAUAAAUCGCGCAUAUAAUUUAUAUUUUUUAUGUAGGAAUGUGACGUAGCAAAACCUCUGUCUCAUUGUCUUCCAUGCUUGAUCUAUUCUCACUCGCAAUUUAGAUUGUUUGCCUUUACUUAGGAAACGAGUUUUUCUCUCUGUAUAUAAUAUUGUAUAUUUGCACAGUAAAAUGCUAACGUCUUGAACUAUUUGUUUUAAUAAAAUAUAUUUAUAUACAAAUUAUUUUUUGUCAAAGAAGCUGUACUAAAUAAAAUAAAAAUGCGGAACUUUGUACUCA